UCAACCAUCCACCUGUUCAAACUGACGGUUCGAUCUUCAUCCACGACCGUACGGUCAUCCUCUCCCCUCCAACCACACCGCGCCCCACAGCCUCCUCCUUCUGAAAUUACACCUUUGUGGCUGUGCCCAAAACUCAAGAGUCAGGAACAGUUUGGCUAUGUCUGAUAGGGGUGUUUUCGUCUUUUCAGAAAUGAGGAGAGGAUGAUGGUUAUUUUGCUGAUGUUUUGGGGGUGGUUUGGUAAAAUCGAAUCCAAAUGAAAAAUGAAAUAUUGGAAAUAGAAGAGUUGGAAGAAGAUAUGUGGGGAUAUUUUGUCAGAGUUCGGUUCUUAGAACUUCCUUUCCUCUGAUGUUCUCAAAAUACACUCCGCCCGCAUAAACACAAAACGCACGAGAACACAAAAACACAGUCAGAGAAAACAGAGAGAGAGAGAGAGAUUGGCUUUCAAUUUUCAAUACUGUGUGAAUGCGCACAAGUUUCCCGGUAAAACUUUGCCGGAAAAUUUUUCAUAGUUUACGGGGACAAUUCUAGAAUUGGAAAGAAACGUAAUAUUCUGGUUUUCUUUUUGGGAGAUAGAGAGGGAUAGAGAGAAUUACAUAGGAAAAAAGUUUAUUUGAAAUGCAAGACAUUCAUUCAAUCGGAGGCGGUCGGUUCUUCGGAGGUGGUACUGGAGAUCGGAGGCUGAGGCCGCAUCACCAUCAGAACCACCAGGCCUUGAAGUGCCCUCGUUGCGACUCGCUCAACACCAAAUUCUGUUACUACAACAACUAUAACCUCUCUCAGCCCCGCCACUUCUGCAAGAGCUGUCGCCGGUACUGGACCAAAGGCGGCGUGCUGAGAAACGUUCCCGUCGGUGGCGGUUGCAGGAAGACCAAACGGUCUAAACCGAAAGCUUCGUCGGCAACGACAUCGACGCCGUCGCCUCCACCUCCGGUGGCUCUUGAACGGAAAUCGAACUCACACUCCAGCAGCGAGAGCUCGAGCCUCACGGCCAAUAACACCAACGCGACUGCCACAACCGAAGCGGUUUCGGCUCCUUCCACGAGCUCGGCUUCUAAUUUACUGAACAUUCAGGAGUCGAAAUUCUUUGUCGCACAGAAUUCGAACCCUAGCUUCGAGUCUACGUUGCUGGAGCAAGGUUCGGAUUGUGGAAUAUUCUCGGAGAUUGGGAGCUUCACGAGCUUGAUCACGUCGUCGGCAGCGACGGAAGCAAUGCCUUUCGGAUACAGUAACAUCUCGGAUAUUUCGAUUUCGCCGUUCCGGUUGAAUCAGCAAGGUCAGGACAAUCAGGUUCAGCAGACUCAGUGGCAUCAGCAAAGCCAGAAGGCCGGGAUGAGCAUAUCUGAUCAGGAAUUGAAGAUGCAAGAGAUCACUGGCGGAUUGCUCGAUCAAACGGCACAAGUUGAUUUAUCAGGUUUGCAAAACAGAUCUGGCGGUGGAGGUUUCGGAUCCCUAGGGGAUUGGCAACCGGGCGGGGAUCAAGGUUUGUUUGAUCUUACUAACACCGUUGAUCAGACAUACUGGAGCCAGAGUCAAUGGACUGAUCAAGAUCACCCUAGUCUCUAUCUCCCGUAAAUUUCUCACCUUUUUAACCCUUAUAAAAAAAUAUCGAAAAAGAAAAACUCUCAAAAUCUCAAACCAUACCCAAAAAAAAAAAAUUAAAUAAAAUAUCAGAGAGUUUUAUUUAAAAAAAAUUAUGAAUAUGACUGCUCUUGUAUGUAAAUUUUUUAAUAUAAUAUUUUUUUCUUUCUUAAUUUUUUGUUUUUGGGGUUUAAUUUGAUGGAUUUUGAAAGGUGUUUGGGUUUGAUCUUGAUGUUCAUGUGUAACUAACUUUCAAUGUUUGUUUGGUUUUUUUUUUUUUUUCCCCUUUAAUUUUCAUUUUUGGGGGUUUUUGUUUCUAAUGUAUCUGGAUUUUAAAUUGAAAUCAAAUAUAGAGAAGAAUAUAGAGUGUUUUCUGUUUGCU